UGAUUCGUCCCGGUGGCCGCCGCUUUGAGCCUCGCUUCUCACCCACCCUCAGCGCCCAAGCGCGCCGCUCAGCUGCCUCACCCCGUGCCCGCGCUGGCUCUCGCGUGGAGCUGGCGUCCAAGAGAAGCCGCCAGGGACUACUUCUCGUCCAGCUCCCGCGGGCGCCCCCGGUUCGGAGCGGCAGCGGUGGCGGAAGGAGCGGACGGCGCGAGCGCUUCCGCCGCUCCCCUCGCUGGUCCCCUCCGGCAGGCGUGAGGAGCCGGCCCGCCGCGCCGCUGCCCGCCGCUGGCUGGCCGGGGACCUGCGGCCGCUCUCUAGCUGCUUCCCUGCGGGCGCAGCUCGCUCCUGUACGACCCGCCCGCCGCCCCUCCUCCCGCCCGGAGCGUGUCUGGAGGAAUCCGCCGCCGCCAGGCCGCUCGCCCGGCCCGGCUCGCGCCCGAGGCCGCCCGGCCGCGGGGGGCUGAGCAGGCGGCGCGGCGGGAGAUGGUGGGCAGAGCUCGGGCAGGACCGCGCCGCCGCCGCCCGGAGCCUGGGCUCGGCACGCCCCCGCCGGCCCCCAGCGAGCGGAGCCCAGCGACCUGCUCGCCGCACCCCUGAGGGCCCCCGCCCCGCGGACCCCGAGUGGUGCCCGACCGGCCCGGCCAUUCGCACGCACACCCGCCUGCACAGCCCGGAGCCCCCGGCCUCCUUGGGUCUCGCGGCGGGGUAGCCACGGCGGAGGGCGUCGCCGCCGCCCCCCUGCGGGGGUGGCCGGAGUUCCCGGCUGGGGGGGCCCCGCGCUGGGUGAGGCGUCCACCAUGGUGAGGCCCCUGAGCCGCUGCCCCCGCGCCCCCUCGGCCGCCGCCUGCCCAGCGGAGCUGCUGCUGCUUCUGCGCUUGCUGUCGCUCCUCCAUCUCCGGAUCGGACCGCGGUGAGGGAAAGAUGAGCGAGGAGACGGCAGCUGCUGACAACGAUAAUAGUUAUGCACGAGUGCGAGCUGUGGUGAUGACCCGGGAUGACUCAAGUGGUGGAUGGUUACCACUUGGAGGGAGUGGACUAAGCUGCGUUACUAUCUUCAGAGCCCCUCGCCAGGAAGAGAAUGGCUGUGCUGACUUUUUUAUUCGUGGAGAGCGACUCAGGGACAAAAUGGUGGUUUUGGAGUGUAUGCUUAAAAAAGACCUCAUUUAUAAUAAGGUCACUCCAACAUUUCACCACUGGAAGAUUGAUGACAAGAAGUUUGGCCUUACCUUUCAAAGUCCUGCUGAUGCUCGGGCUUUUGAUAGAGGCAUCCGAAGAGCUAUAGAGGAUAUUUCUCAAGGAUGCCCAGCAUUGAAAAGUGAAGAGGAAGGAGCAGAAGAUGACUUGCCGACAACUGAAGAGGAUACUUCCAGUUCACUUGUGAAAGGUCAUCUUUUCCAACAAGACACAGUUGUUACCAGUGAGCCAUAUAGAAGCUCAAGACCAUCUCCUUUCGAAGACUUGAAUGCCAGAAAAGUCUAUUUGCAAAGCCAAGCCAAUCAGAUAAUGUUUAGCCAUCCAAGCCUGGACAUUCAAGGCAGAAAUAUAGAAUAUGCACAGCGGCAACUACCUAAAGAAUGUGGAAGCCUGAAGUCCCAGAAUAGGGUCCCUUUGAAAUCAACCCGACAUGUCAGCUUUCAAGAUGAGGAUGAGAUUGUCAGAAUAAACCCUCGAGAUAUUUUAAUCCGUCGCUAUGCAGAUUACAGACAUCCUGACAUGUGGAAAAAUGACUUGGAGAGAGAUGAUACUGACUCCAAUACUCAGUUUUCUAAGCCAGACAGUAAAAAAACAGAUUAUCUGUACUCUUGUGGGGAUGAGACUAAGCUAAAUUCACUCAAAGACUCUGUGGUAUUUAAAACACAGUCAUCCUCAUUAAAAUUUAAAAAGUCAAAACGAAGAAAAGAAGAUGGUGAACGUUCUCGCUGUGUAUACUGCCAAGAAAGGUUUAAUCAUGAAGAAAAUGGCAGAGGAAAAUGUCAAGACGCUCCAGACCCUAUUAAACGAUGCAUAUAUCAAGUUAGUUGCAUGCUCUGUGCAGAGAGCAUGUUGUAUCAUUGUAUGUCAGACUCAGAGGGAGAUUUUUCUGAUCCCUGUUCAUGUGACACUAGUGAAGACAAGUUUUGCUUACGAUGGUUAGCUCUGGUAGCUUUGUCUUUCAUUGUUCCAUGUAUGUGCUGCUAUGUCCCAUUGAGAACGUGCCAUCGGUGUGGUGAGGCAUGUGGGUGCUGUGGUGGGAAACAUAAAGCUGCUGGAUGAAGGGAUCCAGUACUAAAAUGAGCUUAAAAUCUCUGUUUCCAGGAAUUAGCUAACUCAGAUUUGUGGAAGCUUUUGGCAAGCACUAGAAAAUCUUGCCUGGUAUCAUUGGGGCCACAAGAGGAGGAAGCAGAACUUGUCAGUCCUUGGCAUUUCAUAGAUGCUAGCCAUGCCUAACCUUUCCACUUGUGCGUGCAUGGCAUGUUUUGUUACAGGUUGUGAAGAGUAUUUGAAAAAGGAAACUACUUCCGAUUAUUGGCUAUAAAAAGUGAGCAUAAAAUUCCAACUAAAAGGGAUUAGUUUUCAGCAUUUUGUACAUUUAUGCAUUAGGUGGUGGGGUAUUUUUAAAGUUCGGAUUCAUUAGGACAUCAACUAAAAUACACUAGUGGCAGUUGACUUCAAUCUAAGAAAAGUUAACACUUGGAAAUUAUCAGAAGUAAAACAAGUGCAACUAAAUCAUUUAUUAGUUGUUUUCGGAAAGCAGUUUUAUGUAUAAAUAACAAAUGUUUAUAUUUAACUAAAUGUAAGGUACGAAUUACGACAUAUUAAAAACUUUCUUUCCCUUCCUAGUUCUGAAGUAGAUGCACACAUGUCUGCUGUCACAUUCCAUUAUAUUUUGAAUAUUUUACUCAUCUUGUUAAUAUCAUUAACAUUUCAUGUGAAUGAUGAUUUGAUCUUUUCAUCAUUUCCCAUUAACUACAGUUUAUCUUGAGUUAUGUCUGUUCAUUCUGGUAAUCUAAAAUUCUUUAAAAUAUUCUAAUAGCCUUGAGUGACCAAUUUGUUUUUUUAACUACAGAUGUCAUUGUCUAAUGUUCUGAUGGGAACGUAACACUUAUUUUUAUAUAAAAAAUGAUUGAGUAAAUAAAAAAAGUGGGGUUUGGGUGUUUUGUUUUUUGUGGUUUUCAACCAGCAAGCUGUUUUCUUUCAGUUUCCUCCUUCCAAAAAAAAAAAUCAUACUGCAUUUACAAACAUUUUACAAGGCAAACUGUGUAACUGGAUAGUGGGUAAAACAGUUUCCUCCUGAGAUCUCUAUUUGUCAUUGCUCUAAAUCAGAAUUUGUUCAGCUGUGUUAAUUUUCUACCUUAAUCCUCAGUGCUUACUAUUCAUAUAACAGUGAUAGCUUUUCUCAGUUGCAUUGCAAUUUUGCAAUUUGCAAAUUAAAAAAUUUGCAAAAUAUUUUGCCAAAAGCAAAAAUUAUUUUAUGCUAAAGUGAUGUGUUAAAUGACCCAAGGAAAACAGUUAAUCCAACAUUGAGAGUGAAAUACCUUGUACAUUUAAAUUUAUUUCUUUUGCAGAACAUGAUGUUAGUGGAUGUCUUAUUUGCAAAGUACUUGAACAGAUGUUCCAGUGGAUUGUUUAAAGUACUUAGGGGUCAAAUUGUCUUCCCUUUUUCUAAUUUUAAUGUUACAUUAAAGCUAAGUAAAGGGUUCUUUAAGAACAAUCCCUUAGAGGGAUAUUGUUGAGCAGUGUGCCUUUUGUUCUGUUUUGUUUUGUUUUUAAUGGCUUGAAGUUUUAGAGGAGAUAAAAAUUAAAAUCACACUACCAUUUGAAGCUCAUUUUCUAUACAGGUUUUAAAAUAUCAUUUAUGUAACCAUUCAUCUUUAUGUAUCACACUUUAGUUUGUGUUCAAGUUUUUCUUUUGCCCCAGAUCAACUGAACAUGUAUAUAACACUAUCUAUCUGUAAAAUACUUUUUUUUAAAAAGCAUUUAUAUUUAUAUGACAGCUUGAACUGACAACAUUAUGUAUAUAGAUCAUCUUGAAUUAUUAUUUCACAUUGAAAAGAAGAAAAAUAUAUUGAUAACUAUAGAUGUUAUGAAGAAGAGGUUAUUUCUAGUUUUGUACUAAAAAUUAAUUGGAUGAACUAAAUCCAAAACAUGACACUAUAGCAGCAAUUUUAAGUCUUAUUUUUACUGUUUAUAUAUUUGGAUGCUGCUAUACAGAUGAUCUUUAUCCCUGAAGUUUUCAGCUAAACUUGGUUUCCUAGAGUAGACUGUUAACUUUCAAAAUUACUUUUUAUUGGUGAAAUAGAAAUCAAGACUUUCCUUGUGAAUGACUUUUCAUAUUUGUAAGUGCUGAGUUUAUAAUCCAGGUUUUAGCAAAGUGUGAAUAACUGAAGAAAAUAACUUGCUGGUUCUAUAGGAAAAUGCUGUGGAAAUGAACUGUGUAUAUAUACUUUUGAAAAGGACAAAUUUAAUCAUUUCUUCUGUUAAGCACUAGUCAGUAUAGUGCAAUUCCUGAUUCUGUGUACUGUAUUUUAUAUGCAACAUGUAUGCUUUAAUAUUUUAAUGUCUGUGCAUUAAUAUUUUCUGUUUGUUUAACCACUUUGCUGCUAAGAUUUUUGCCAUCCCAUCCCCAUUUUUCCUUUAUAAUUUUAAACAAAUUUCUUCAUUAAAAACUAUGGUGGUAAAUGGUUUUUAUUUUACUUUUUAUGGUUGACACACCCAGUUUCCAAAUUAGAAGACAAGACUUAACUGAUAGUCUAAUGUUAUCUUAAGCCCCUAUGUAGGAAAAUUUCUCUUAAGUAAACGAGAAUCCUUGUGUGAAACUAAAUGAGAAGUUGUUUUUUUCCCCUUAAAAUGUAAAGAUGUUCAGAAAUGUUCUUGUUCUGUAUACCAACUAGGCACUGCCAAUCGGAAACCUUUUAUGUUUUUAAUCUGGCAGUAUAAAAUGACUGAACAAAACUGCUCGAAUAAUAAUAAAUGUUAAAAAUGCAGUCAUCUAGAUGAGCAGAAUGACACUGACCUAAGCUGAUGACUUGUAUUCAGAAUUGAUCUUUUCUCCCUUCCUUAAAAGAGGAAUUACUUGAUUUCUGAAAGGGGGCGGGGGGAUCAGGGGAACGAGGUAUGGAACUUUAAUGCCACCUAGUGGAUGGUUUACAGGCCAGAGCCAUGAGAUGACAGUGAAGCCUGCAAAGGGUUCAUCACUGCUACCAGUUAAAGGCUAUCUAAGUUACAGUAACAUCCAAAUAAGGAAGGUAGGGAGGGAUAAGGAAUAUCUCAAAGGGGCUGUAAAAUUUAUCUCUUGUCCAAUGUGUCUUAUUAGUUGGUGAGAUUGAAAGCACUUUUUUCAUAUAUAAUCCUGUUUUUAAGUAUUUACUGGUCUUUGAAAGUGACAAUUUAAGUUAAUGUGCUAAGUCCUUUAUAAAACCAAUUAUUUGUAACAUUUAAAAGCCAUUACCAAAAUGGUAUUCUUGCUUUUCAUCCCACUACCAGUCGGGAAUUUUAAAAAAUAAGCAUCACUUGUAUUUAUCAUACCAGCUUCAGGAGAGAGAGAAUGGUUGAGAGUGUGUGUAUGUUUUUGGAAUGAUGGCUGGGACAAGGGCAAAAUUUAAAUGGAAGAAUUUGAAAAUCUCCUAUUUUCAUUGGUUAUUCAGCAGUGCCUAAAAGGAACCUUUGAGGUAAUACAAAUAUACUUAAAAUUCAUGUGCAUUGUGCCAUCUUACUUCUUAGGUCUUUCUUUACACUUCCCAUCCCCAAAUUAGACACCACAGAGAUGUUUUUUAAUGCCCAUUUAAAAGAACUUAAAGUUGUUUUCUUCUGUUGGAAUUUAUUUUGCGUCUUGUAGUUUGACUUUGAAUAUGUAUUUUUAGAUUGGGUUUUAUUUUAGAUUGGGUUAAAUUAAACCCAAAGAUACAUUAAGCAAGUAUGACACUUUUCUGCAUAAUUUGACCUCCAGCAUCACAUAUAUAUGUGUAAGGAGAAGCGUGAGAAACUUUCAUUUUUGUAGCACAAAAAAUAAGUUGAUCUAAUAAUUAAAAUUACAGCACCAUAAGGUGUUUUGCAGUGAGUCAAACUGUCAAAAAAAGGAAAUCACAACUUGGUUUAUGUAAGCCAAAAUUUAAGAAGGGCUUUAAGUUAUUAAGGCAUUAUUUUGCCUAGCAGCCGGGUGGUUAUAAAAUUUUCAUGUUUUGUUACAUUGAUAAAUGUUAGCCAUUUUCUCUUAAAAGCUCCUUAAAUUGCUAGCUUUGAAAAAUUUUAAAGAAUCUAGUUGUAAAACCUUUGUAUUAAAGAUAUACAUAGAUUUCUUUUGUGUGUGAACAUUGCCAGUGUGUAGUGUCAUUUCCUCUUCUUGACCCUCAAAAGUGCCUCACUUGUAUGUGAUUUCCAUUAGAAGCUUGACUGCAUUCUAAUAAGUAAUGGGAAGUUGUUUAACUCAUGUCAUAAUGUAUCUCCGUAGUUAUUAGUUUAAUAGCUUGGUAAUUUGGGGUAUUUAUUGUACAGAUGCAUAUAUAAAUUUAUAAAUUUGUUACAUCAUUCCCAUGUAAUUGGAUAUAUCAGAUGAUGACAUAAGGUUUUGUUUUUAAUUACUGAUUAAACCUACCAUGAAAUAUGAGAUGAAUUUUUUCCUUACUCUUCUAGACUACAACAGACAUCACAUAAUUACUAGAGGAGACAGCAGUAGGGGGAAAAAGUCUUUGAUCAUAAUUUUAAGGUACAUUUUUAACUGGAAGGUCAUGUAUAAAUUAUACUGAAUUGUUCAUAUUUGUAUCUGAAAUUUUUAUAGUCUGUUACCUAAUAUGUUAUGUUUACUGCUUCAGGAUUAAUAAAUUACAGCUAAGUCUGGAUUAACUACCUUGAA